AUGAAAAUUUAUGCAGAGAUUGGUUGUUGGAUGUAUGCAAGUGGAAGACAGUUAUCACGCCUAAGAUUAGCAUAUCUAAAAGUAGUUCUAAGCCAAGAGAUAGGAGCUUUUGAUACAGAAUUAACAAGUGGAAAAGUCAUCACUGGAAUAAGCAAGCACAUGAGUGUUAUACAAGAUGCAAUUGGUGAAAAGUUGGGUCACUUUACCUCUAGCUGCGCAACUUUCUUUGCCGAGAUUGUGAUCGCCGCAAUAUCCUGUUGGGAAGUAGCACUUCUGUGUUUAGUGGUUGUCCCUCUUAUUCUCAUAAUUGGAGCAAGUUACACUAAGAAAAUGAACAGAAUCUCGACUACGAAAUUGUUUUACCAUUCUGAAGCCACGUCUAUGAUAGAACAGACCAUAUCACAAAUAAAAACAGUAUAUGCUUUUGUUGGGGAGGGUUUGGCAGUCAAAUCCUUCACAGAGAACAUGGAUAAACAGUAUGUCAUAAGCAAGGGGGAGGCACUUGUGAAGGGAGUUGGAACAGGAAUGUUAUCUCUAGUAGCCUUAUCUAUAACUUCGUUAGCAACAACAACACCAUCCAACAGUUGUCUUCCGGGGACGAAAGUAGAUUGA